AUGCACCGAGGUUUCACGUGCACAUCGGUGCAGCAUCUGAUCUCUGAGCUGUGCCGACAGACGGAAGACGAUGGGAAGUCGGCCUGUUGGAGAAGGUUCAGAGAUCAGAAAUACAACGAAGAGAAGUGCAACUUCAGGUUGCAGAAGCUCAUUGGCGGAAACCACGCGAAGCUUUUGGGUCAACCCUACCUUCGGUGUUUGGCCGAAGAGUUGGAGUGCGAUCUGCUUCAGCGGGACGGUGAUACGUACUUCUAUUACAAGAGGCAGCGACAUGCAGGAGCUCCUUUCGUGGCUGAUGAUGUUCAGGUCGAGAAAUGUUUGACCCGGCAGUCGGGGAUAGAGACUUUCUUUGCAGACACCUCGACAAGACUCGGACGAUUUGGAGAUGGAGGUUCCACUUCCUACAACUUUAAGUUCGUCCUUGGAAACUCCUGCGAACGCCUGUGCUUGCAAGAAAUUCUACAACUGCUUCUUGCGUGUUGGGGCCGCGUGUCCGUAGAUUUUUCGGGUGUUGACUGGAGCUUGGCGCUGCAGAGAUCGAGCUCUUCUGGCUUACUGGUGGAGACAUAUGAUGAGGGCGAGGGCGAGGGGCAGUGGCAAGCCUUUAUGCCGGAUGGCGAGCCUGUUAUUGCAAGAUGCCUCAUGCUAGGGCUAUCACGAGAAGUGGCGGAUCCUGUGAAGGCAAAGUUCGAUUUUCACGUGCUGGCUCAAGAACUGCUGGCCCUGAGGGCCAAUCCAAAUGUGAAAGACACGUCAGGGCAGUCUUUGUUGUUGGCAUGUGUUAAGAAACACAAGGCACGGGCAAUCCAGCUUCUUGUUGACCAUGAUGUGGAAAUCUCUAAAGAUGCCUUGCAAGAGGCUGUUCAACACAGCUCAGUUGAUGUUGUCCUGCGAUUGCUGAACUCCGAGAAGUGGUCACAGAGCUCCUCUGCUGGCGAAGGCAAGUCGCUGUGCGGUCUGGCUUGCCGGAGAUUGAAGGACGCUUGCAUGAACAUUGAUCAAGCCUGUGCGGGGGUUCCAGCCCAUGCAUACGGUGCAAUAUUCGAAGCUGAUGAGGUUUUGAGGUACGAGAAGCGCCUGACGCUGCCCGAGGCGGAGAUUGGGUAUGCGUUGGAGUCCGAAGCCGCCUUAUGCAUUUGCCAGUUCCAUGAAGAAGGUCAUCCCCACAGAACGCAGUUGAAGACUGCCGUCCACAAUGCCUUGCAACAGACCAUUGUGGCAACCUCAAGCAAGCUUCUCAGCAGGGUGACCGAAGAGGGGGAUACCAUGUUUCAUUUGUUAGGAAGAGCGGCUCCAGUACGACCUGUAGCCUAUGACAGAAUGAGGCUUUGGAUGCAACAGUAUUCGGAACAGGACCUCUCUCAAUAUCUUCGCCUAAAGAACAGGGAUGGGCUGUUGGCUGUGGAAGUCGCGCUUGAUGCAGGAGUAGGUCAUGACCCUGCGCCAGACUGGAAAGACAACUGUAUCUUGAGCUGGUUGUUUGAAGAGACCGAGCUUCGUGAAGACGAGCGCGAAGACUUUUUGCAGCGAUGUGUGGCUGCCUGCUGCAAGCGUGCCAAAAGCUACUCGAUGAACAAAGACCAAAUCUCCGGUGGCCUCCAACAGUUUCUACACUUAGCAGAUCGCAAAAAGUUUUAUCCAGAGUGCAGCCAGGCUUGCUUCGAUAAGGCUGCAGAGAUUCUGCUCAAAGAGGCCCAGUACAAGGCCUGUCAGCACUUAGUCAAAGCAGCUGACGAGUUGAAAUUGUCAACAGAGUCCGUGCACACGAUGCUGAAGCCCGCAGAGGGUGCUCAGAAGCAGACGCGCAAGCAGGCACCCGAGACGCAGAUUGAAGUCAAUUCGGUCCGGGUGAUUGGCAAACAGCAGAGCCUACAGACAAGCUGUAGUUGCCGGAACCUUUUGCGAGAAGCCAUUGAUGCAAAGCUUGGGGAGAGUGCAAACGCACCUCGCAAAACAGCGUUCAUGAACGUGAUUGUUCAAGGUCUUGUCAUCGUCCUUGAGGUUCUCUCGGCUGCAGACCUUGUCACAGAUAUCCUUCUUCUGAGAUGGAUGUACUUGAGCCACCACAUUUGGUGGGCAACGCUGUCUUGUUUAAUGAUGGUGGCCCCAUAUUUGGCUGCCUUCUCCGCAACUUUACGGAUCGGCUUGCGAAACCGCAUCUUUGAGGGUACGGAUGCCGAUGGGAAAGCUCAGUCUUUCUAUUGGUGCCGCAAGCUCGCCGGGUCAGUGUGUAUGACACCUCUUUGCGUUGCAGCCUUUAUUCUUUUGGAUUUGGUUUAUACAAUCAAAGCUGCCACUUUCGAUGUCUUUGCCCUCCUAGUUGGUCUCACUGCACCUGGCUGGAAAUGUGAUUUGACAGACGGCGCAGUGAGCAAGUUCCUCUCUGAUCACCUGGGCUUAACAAUAAUGGAUAUUGAAGGCUAUCGCCGGCUGCGUACAACCACCCAGCUACUCUUUGAGUCCUUCCCCCAAAUCGUCCUUCAGCUCUACAUCUUGCUGAAGUCUUCCUCCGAGAGGGAAUUCGAGGUUUCAGACGAAGAGUUGGUCGUAUCCUUGGCAUUCGCCUUGUUCCACCUCUUUGCAACUUGCUGCAUCGUUUGGUUGGAAGCAAGAUCUGCCAGAGAAUCAGUUGCACACUAUACGAUGACGUGUCUGACAGGAAGACUUGGCUGGCUCCCAUUGGCAAGCAGUGUAGAUCUGAGAAGCUCAAACAAAGGAGAGGGGCAGAAGUUGCACUUUGAUGAUUUGUCUUUCUCAUUGGCAUGUGGGCGCUUCACGAUGGCCUUUGAGUUCAGUCAAAGUACCUGGGCAAAAUUGCUGGGUGCUCUGUCAAAAGUUCAGGACCAAGCCAACAACAUCUCUGUAGCAUUUGGACCUUCCAUCUCUCUCCUGAACAUGCAUGACAUAUUGACCUUCCACAAGCGCUUCUCGAAGCUGCAGAUUUCCAUGCAGAGUGGAACAGAACCCGUGCCGUGGACAAGGAUCUUGCAGAAUUCCGGAUUGAGCCCACAAUCGGGCAACAUUUCGAUGAGUCAGAAGCAGUCGGCCUACGCCCAAGGAUUGCUUGAAGAAUUCAUCUUGAACCACAAUUGCGACGCGGUACAUGCCCUCUUAGAGGCGGGCGUUUGCAGCACUACAGGGUUGACCUCCCGGGGCUUGAUGUAUUUGACAUUUGCAGUCGAGAUGAGAAACGCAAGCAUCUGCAAGCUGCUGCUGACCUUCAAAGCUCCUUUGACCUCAUCGGAGUUGUCUUCCGAGAUCAUGGACCCGUUGGUUGAGUGGGGCUUGCGUGUACGAAGCACGCUGGAGACGCCUUUGGAAGCUGCCUUUCGCGUGUCGGAUGCUGAUGUCAUUUCCGCUUUUCUGUUCCACGAGCGGAUUCAGGCAAACUUCGCGACGAGGAGAAGCGUCCUGAGAUUGGCAGAGGUGGCUCGAGAACAGAACCUUCUGAAAGCUGCUGACACGUACGCCAAUGCAUCAGGUUUGGCUCCAGAGUGGGACCGCACCGCGAGCUUAUCAGCCCGAGUUCUGCUACGUGGCGAAGCAUCAGACUCCACGGUCGACUGCUGCGUCGCAGAGUUGCGGCGGUUCGACCUCUUCCGCGAGAAGCUUUUUCCGGUGGGAAGCCAUGAACUGAUCCCCCAGGUUCUGAAAACAGCGGCGGAUGGUGUUCUCGAGGUGGAUCUGACCUUCGUGGCGCAGGCAUUUCCACGGUUAGUAUUUUCAGCAGCUCAUCUUGAACAGUUGCUCGCAGUGGUACGCGCAGAAGCGAAAAUACCUUCGACUGCUUCCCUUCGAGUUUUAGACGGCUUGGUUUCUGAACUUGGACUUGUAGAUAUGCAGAAGUACGUGCAAAUGACAGCCCCCCAUCGAGUCACCCGCACGAUCCGACACUCACAGGAAGAGGGGCAACACGCCCGAAACAACAACUCACGAGAGAAGCGCGCCUUGGUGAUUUGUAGCCUGACCAUGCCGUCUGAUUGCUGGCGAGCAUACGGUAUGCGAAUAUCUGGGGAAUGGACAGAUCAAGGUUGGGGCAACACGGACGUGAACAAGGUUGAGAUUCGGGCUGUCACAGCUGGUGCUGGCCUGGUGUAUGUGCAAAUUCAUUCUGUGAAUUGGAAUUCAGACAGUGGUCGCAUUGAAGUGAAGUUUGGUGGGGCUCAGCUUGGACAAGGCUUGGACGAAGAGGAUGAAACAGGCCGAAAGAAUCUGGAUCUUGAGCAAGCCGAGUCUCUGCUGGAGGUCCUGACGGCAGGCGAUCUGGUCCAGAUCACGAUGGCUUGUGUUAGCUGGGGUGGUCAUGAAGCCCAUGCAGAAAAUACUUGUUUGGAAAUAGAUUACUUCACCCGUGAUAGUUAA